AUGGGUGACCGCGACCACUGCCCGCCGGAGAGCGCUUUAGCCUCGGCCGACCACGUCACGGUCGUGUUCCACAAACUUGCCAGUCAUGGCGAGAAAAUUAGCGAAAGCGAGAGCGACGGCGGUCGCUGCUGCGGCGACUCGGAGCCGCCGGAGGAGAGAGCGUUCGUGCGUGGGCGUCGGAACCACGGCGGGGAUGCUGUGGAGGAGAUAGCCGAUGACAAGUCGCCGGAAGGCGGCGAGAGGGAAACGCUAUGCCCGCCGGCGUCGCUCGUCAACGAGAAGGCAUCAUCCGCCGGCGGCGAGAGCGCCAGCAAAGUGAAACCAAAAAGAUAUCCCGGUCUUGGUUUGUUCUACGCCUUCCUGGCCACAGUCUUCUUCUCCAUCAUCUCGCUUAUAGUGAAGACCAUCCAGGGAGUGCACGCCAUCGAGAUCAGCGGCAUCCGCUGCUUCUUCCAGAUGCUUUUCAUUGUACCCUUACUCAUCUACAACAAGACAGGCUUCCUUGGUCCUCGGGAUAAACGUCUGUAUCUGACAUUACGUGGCUUCCUGGGCUCCAACGCCAUGAUUUUGCUUUUCUACGCUGUGCAGCAGAUGCCACUGGCGGACGCCACCGUCAUCAUUUUUAGUAAUCCAGUUUUCACCUCCCUGCUGGCCUGGGCGUUCCUGAAGGAGAAGUGUACGAUCUGGGACUGCGUCUUCACCGUCUUCACCUUGACCGGCGUCAUCCUCAUUGCUCGACCGCCGUUUCUGUUCGGGGAAAAUAUCAAAGGCAUUGAGGGAAACUACGCCAAUCAUAUUAAAGGGACCAUCGCUGCUUUUGCAGGCGCGAUCGGUGCCGCCUGCACCAUGGUGAUCCUCCGCAAGAUAGGGAAAAGCGUGCACUACCUCCUCUCGGUGUGGUAUUACGCCGUCAUCGGUUUUGUCGAGUGCUUGAUCAUGGUAAGCGUGCUGGGGCAGUGGGAACUGCCGCCGUGCGGCUGCGACCGUUGGAUGCUGAUGCUCAUCGCCGUCCUGGGCAUCGCCGGCCAGAGUUUCUUGACCAAAGCGCUUCAGCUGGAGAAGGCCGGCCCGGUGGCGUUAAUGCGGACCGUGGACGUGGUGCUGGCUUUCUUUUUCCAAUUCGUCUUCUUGGGCCAAAAGCCCAGCUUCUGGAGCCUCGGGGGGGCGCUGUGCAUCGUCGUGAGCACCAGCGGCGUGGCCUUGAAGAAGUGGUACAGCAGCUCGCGCAAAAGCUGA